AGUUUCAUAUACACCGGCAAUUUUGGCUUCGAAAUUCACUGUUUACUUCUCAUUCGGAAAAUAAUUCUUCAAGAACAUCCCCAAAUAUGACCACAUAUAUUAGACGAGUUGAAAUUUAGAUAUGAUUUUCGCAAACUGAGCAAUUGCUUAGGUCUACAAUAAUCUUUGUAGCUGUUAAAUUCUUGAUUGAUAUGGAAGAAUCUACAGACGACGAAUUUUAUGAGGCUUCGAAUAUUACAGUGUGUGAUUUCUUCGACGCCGAUUGGAACAAUGAUUGGAAUAAAGACUCCCAGGAAAAUGAUACACUACAGGACAUAUCGAACUCGAUCUAUCAUAACAAGGUGAAUUAUGGAAGACCACUCACACCUUCCAUACAGGGAGACUGCGCAGAUGAUAAAGUAGGAAAAGACGGCAUAUUGGAUGCAAUCCUGAAUGAAAGAAGCUUGAAAAGGAUAUUUUUCGAAGAAAAAUGCAUACCUAAUAAUUCAGCUGAUUCGGAUGGCCAUGGAGAAGGAAAAGAUAAUAUAAAUCUCUGGAGUUACAUAAACAACAACCUGGACAAAAAAGAAACAGUCGUAUGCGACCAAAGUGAAGAAGAUAAAAAUUUGAAUACUAUUGAGGAAGAGGUGAAGGAACUAGAAAUAGAGAUCGAACAAAUGUUUAGUACUAUCAAGUUACCAGAAAUAACCCCCUCGCUGGAUCAUCGUUCAGAAGGAGUCAAGAAUAGGAAUUUUCACCCUCCCAGUCCAAGUAAAAGAAAAAUGCCUCCCUUGACAUUGUGUAGCACGAAUAAAGAAUCAAGUCCAAGAAAUUUCCAGAUAUCUUGCGUUCCCAACAUGGAUUACUCAAUGGAAUAUGAUAAUCAUAAGAGUGAAUUGAAGAAAAUCGACAAAAAUAAGACAUCGCAACCAACAAGUAUCUCCAGUGCUACCAGCAAAUCAACUAUGGAUCAAGAUUGCGUGUCAGGGGUAGAAUCUGCAACAGAUUCCGAAGAAAUAGUCACAUUGAUGAGGAAAGAUUCAUCUAAAGCUAUCCCUCAUCAAUCAUUGGAAGUCAUACCGAAAAUGACAGUAGACCGAGUGAAGAACAAAAUAGAGAAGAGUGGUAUAGUGAAAAAUCUUCUGAAGGCUGACGCUCUAUUGGAAAACACAAAUUUUCAUCCGGGAAGCGAGAAAACCAAUAAUAACUCAAGGAAGAAAUCGAGAACAAAAAGUCCACAAGAAUCACGUAAAACAAGGUCUUUCAUUGCUAGCACGGAGGCUGUGAAAAAAGUACAGAAGAACUGUUCGAAAAGUUUCCAUUCGAACAACCAGAAACUAUCAUCUGAUCCAUCAAGAUCGCAAAUGAACGUGAAAUCGUCGGGGAAAGUUCACACGGCGGAGAAAAAAUCGAAAACGAGCGAAUCUAAAAGAUUGAAGGUCGAAAAGCUCAGCUCUAGCAGAUCCAGAAGGAAUAACAGAGCGAUCAACACAACCAAGAUAGUGAAAAGGAAUUUUUGUUGCCAAAAGAUCGGCGCUUUCAUAGAUUCGACCAACUUCUGCUCCAUUGCUCUGACUCUAGAAUCAGCGCAUUCGGACGUGGGAAAACAGGAAUUGUUGAAGUCCCUGAAAGAUUACUUCUGGCAUACCGAAUCUCAGAAAGAAAGAGCGUUAGUCCAGUUGGUUAUUCUGUGUAUGGAAAACAGUUUUCAGGAGAUCUCCAUUGCUAAUGAUACCUUCAAACUGUACUGCCAAAACGAAUAUUCAACUUGUCCCAUAGCAACAAACGAGGCACAAUCUGAAAAUAUGGAGGAUUCUUUUAAAUCUAAUCUGAUUUGUCAGCCCUUAUACAUAGAGACGAUACUCAGUCAGAGUCAGGUGAACCGUUUGGAUUUUCAGUCGAAAUAUGAAAAUUCCAGCGAGGGUCAGUUGAAACCUGAAAUGAAUAGGGAGUCUGGAGCAGAAGAUCUUUUGAGGAAGUGACUCCAACUUUAGAAUAUUUGAAAUUUUUAUGACGUUCUUGAUAUUGUGAAAUUUGUAUUAUCGAUUGCUACAUGAGCAAAAUACACAGCACAUUAGUUUGGUUCUUUA